UUCAGCCAUGCACUUUGAUAAGCAAAUUCAAUGGCAAAUCCUCUUAGCAUAUAUGAUCAUUAUUAGCUUCACAAUUUUUUUGGUCAGAAGUACUCCUCCAGAAGAUCACAUAAGAUGUUCAUCCGGCAACACAAAUUGCACCAUCACAAAUUCUUACGCUACAUUCCCAGAUCGAAGCAUAUGUCAUGCAGCCGAAGUUGUUUAUCCAACGACAGAAGAAGAGCUGAUUUCGAUUGUAGCAAAUGCAACUUUUCUGCGGAGAAAAAUGAAAGUAGCAACCUCAACAUCACACAGUAUACCUAAACUUAUAUGCCCUGAGGGAGAAAAUGGCCUGAUUAUUAGCACCAAGGGCCUCAACCGGACCCUGAAUAUCGACAAAUCAGCCAUGACCAUAACAGUUGAGCCUGGAAUGUUACUAAGGCAGCUGAUCAAUGAAAGUGCCAUGGCUGGAUUAGCUAUACCUUAUGUCCCAUAUUGGUGGGGUGUAACUGUCGGUGGAAUUUUGGGCACGGGUGCCCAUGGAAGCUCACUGUGGGGUGAAUCGGGUAGUGCAGUUCAUGAUUUUGUGAUUCAACUUCGGAUUGUAACACCUGUAGGCCCUGAUGAAGGUUAUGCAAAAGUUCGAACGCUGCAAAAUGGUGACCCUGAGCUUGAUGCUGCUAGAGUAUCCCUUGGUGUUCUUGGAGUGAUUUCCCAGGUGACUCUUCAACUGCAACCAAUGUUUAAGAGGUCUAUCACCCUUCUAGAGAAAAAUGAUUCAGACUUAGCAGAUCAAGUGUCCACCUUCGGCAGACAACACGAAUUUGCAGAUUUAACGUGGUACCCAAGUCAAAGCAAGGUUGUCUAUCGUAUUGAUGAUAGAGUCUCCUCAGGCACUCCUGGAAAUGGUGUUUAUGAUUUUGCGGCUUUCCGGUCUGUCCCUUCACAAUAUCUUGCCAUGGCAAGAAGCUUAGGAGAGAGUCAAGAAUCCACAAGUGAUGUUGUAGGGAAAUGUGUAACAGCAGCACAAACUCUAUCCCAACUGGCAGUGGCAGCAUAUGGGUUGACCAACGAUGGUAUGGCUUUCAAUGGCUACCCUGUGGUAGGCUAUAACAAUCAGCUUCAAUCAUCUGGUACAUGCCUAGACAGCCUGGAAGAUGCAUUGGCAACAUCAUGCCCUUGGGACCCUAGAAUUAAGGGCUUAUACUUCUUCUAUACUGCAAUCAGCAUCAGCUUGUCCAAGACUAAGGACUUCAUUGAAGAUGUGAAGAAACUUGUUGCUUUGCAACCUGAGGCUUUCUGUGGCCUAGACCUCUAUAUUGGUAUCCUCAUGAGAUAUGUCGCUGCUUCAACCGCUUACUUGGGUAAAGAUGAAGAUGUUGUAGAAUUCGACAUGAUUUACUAUAGAAGUAAGGAUCCAAUGUCCCCAAGAAUCUAUCAAGACAUUCUUGAAGAGAUAGAGCAACUAGCAUUAUUUAAAUAUGGAGGGUUACCACAUUGGGGGAAAAACAAAAAUAUGGCUUUUAUUGGGGCAAUUAAUAAGUAUAAGAGUGCUAGUGAGUUUUUGAAGGUAAAAAGGUUGUAUGAUCCUUUAGGAUUGUUUUCCAAUGAAUGGACAGACCAAAUUCUUGAAGUGAAAGAUGGGAUCAGUAUAGUGAAGGAAAAUUGUGCACUAGAAGGAUUAUGCAUAUGCUCGGAAGAUGUUCAUUGUGCCCCACAAAAGGGAUACUUUUGUCGACCAGGAAAAGUUUAUCAGGAAGCUAGGGUUUGUGUUCAUUUGUCAUAUGAAGAUGGGUAUGACUGGUCUUAG